AUGCUCAUGGAGUUACCUGAUGAAAACGAACAGAGCGAUAGCGGAAUGGAAUCUUUGACGGCCAGCAAAGAUGAUACCCCAGAACGCAGACCUGAAGACAUGUUCAUUACCCCUGCUUUGGGCACAUCUCCUACUGCCAGUAACCCACCGUUUCUAUCUCUUAAAGAAUAUGAUGAUGAACCUGAUGAAACCUUACCUGAAAGACUGUGGGGAUUGACUGAAAUGUUUCCAGGCUGUGUUAGAAGCAGUACAUACACAAUAACAACAAAGACUUGGUCAGGUCUGAAGAACUUUUAUCAGCUCUCACGUUCAUUAAUGUGGGUUGUGGCUAGUUCCUCUGUAAUUUUAUUUGCCCCGGUCAUAUUUGAGGUGGAGCGGGCGCAAGUUGAAGAAAUGCAAAAGUCACAACAAAAACAGGUGUUACUAGGCACAAACACUUCAAUGACUGGACCUAUGCCCAGCAUGCCUCCAAUGCCACGAUAA